AUGGCAUCUGCGUUAGGGGAUCCACUACUGUUGACUGUUCAUCAACACGGCACUUUGUACCGGCGCCUGCACCGGCUGGUGGAGUGGUUUAAGGACCCUGACCCGCGUUUUGUACUGCACUCUAGCCAGCGUCCAAAGAUAUUCCGCUAUGCCAAAUUCAACAUUGAUGCUCUUUGCUGCCUCGCCAGUGGUCUUCGCGGUGGAAUUAGUUGUCACUGUGAUUCAUCUCAAGCUCCGUUCAGUGGCAGCCUGAACUGGGCUAUCUCUAUUAUUUUUCUUGAUGGAGUGGAAUGGCUCCUGAGAUCGCCCCUCAAUGAGAAUGGAGUUAUUCCAUGCCCUCGAACAAACUCUAUGUUGCUGGAGAGUGAAGCUGUCACACUCAAAUAUCUUAGAUCUAACAGCUUCAUUCCCGUUCCCGAGGUCUUCGCAUAUAGUUGCUCUAAGGAGAAUGAUAUAGGGAUCCCCUACAUCUUAAUGAGCAAAGCUCCUGGAUCUCCCCUCCAACCCCGCUGGACGCAUAUGUCUUCAGAUGACAAGGCAAAAAUUCUGCGCCAGCUUGGGUCUAUUACAUGGCAGUUAUGCCAACUUAAGUUUGAUCAGAUCGGAUCACUCUUUGAAGGCCCACGUGGCCCAGUGAUCAAGACUUGCCUGGCGCGAGGGCUGCUGGUGUGCGAGAGACACACUCUGCCUCUAAACCGCGGCCCUUUCACCUCCACUAUUGACUUCUACAAGGCGUUGAUUUCAGCAUUUCAAGAGCAUGCCAGCCUCCUUCCCCUCAAUGCACACUGCUUUCUCGCACCAUUCCCUUUACCCGAGGAGUUUGAGGACAGUAACCAAUUCGAGCGUGCCCGUGAUCGAUGGCAUGAUUUCGUCGCCAUAGAUUCCAAAAUCGAUGGCUUCGAUAAUCGGACCGAUUAUAUGAUUGUGAGUGACCUACUUGCUGAUAUGCGGGAAAAGUGGGUUAGGGACACAUCUCUUAAGGAGGACUCGUGCUAUUUCUCAUUACACCAUCCGGACAUCAGUGUCAACAAUAUCUUCAUUGAUGAGGAAUAUAACAUUACGUGCCUCAUCGACUGGGCUUUCUGUUCGUCUGUGCCGCUAUCAUUGGCCAUCACAGAACCUGGCCUUCCUCAAUCGCGACAUGAGUUGCCAGAAGUGUUUCGAGAGGAAUUUCGGCGAGGCUUUAGCGAGGCAGCCUACAGCACGUCAAAUCGAGCCGAUCCAGCAGAAAACACUCUCCUGUGCCGAAGCCUACAACUUAGCCGCCCCAUGUGGUUGAUUUCUCGACUCCUGAGCUUCGAUACUGUCGUGGAUUACCCCGUCUUAAAUGACCUCUGGGUAAUCACCAAUCCUAACAAGGGCCAUCUUUUGGAGGAGUUCAAAAUAAGACAGUCCCAAGAUACAUAUAUGGGGGUACAUGCACUUUUGAAGGAAGAUGACGAUCACUCUAGAGCGGCAGAGGAGAAACAUUUCAAGAAGGGGACUCAAGUUGAUUUGACGGUUGCGAGGAAAUUGACUCUUGUCUCACAGUGGUCUUCACGGUACGGUCAGCACGGUAUCGUAGGGCUCAGAGUUGCAAGCUCCGCAUUCAAAACUGGUGAGGCUUUGUGGAAGUGGAUCGAUCGAUCCAGAGCGAUCAGAAAAGAGCCGAUAGUAAUCCAAGUUAAAAGCAGAAUUUGUGGAACAAACGCCUUUGAGAAGUUAGAGAGACCUUUGGGCACCAAACUUGACAAUCGAGCUUUGGAGGCGUCAAAGCCAUGA